GUUCUUGUUUGUUCAAUAAGUACUUAACUGCAUAUCAGGGACUAGCUGAUAGAGUCCACGAGACACAUUUUACAUUGUUUCUACUUAAAGCAAGAUAAACCGUCAAAAUGGGCAAAAAAGGCAAAGUGAACAAAUUGGCGAAGAUGUCAGAUGAGGAGAGAGCUCGGUACCUGCAGCAUCGAGCUGAUAUGGAGGAGGAAGCUCGAAGAAGGAAGCAGGAACUUAUCCAUAGGUUCAUCAAGAACAAACUCGAUAAAGAAGAAGCCUACAGUCGUCUGAACACAGCGAAAAUAAAUCAGCAAUGGCGGUUCAUACUGCGCAAGAUAAAAUGCAAACAAAUGGCGACCGAUAUACAGAACAUGCUGCUUAGCUUUAAUUUCCUGUUGGAGCGCAAAAAUCGUCUGCUCACAGCUCUGAUGAAAGCGACGAAUGACUCCGACGAACAGCACCGAAGAGCGUUCCAGGCACAUACUGAAAACGUCAGCUAUUUUUUGAACAUAGGAUACCAACGCUUAGACAAGUUACAAGCUGAAUAUGACCACCAGAAGAACACUCUUCUUGAGAAUUGGGAUAAAGAGGAGAUGGAACUAGUAGACGGUCAGGACCGAGCCGAGUUUAAGCUGAAGCUGGUCGCUUACAUACAGGAUCGAGACUUUCAGAUUUUGAAAAAGGAUAUAGAAACGCAGAGGGCUACUGAGAAGAAUGAUGCGAGACUUGAGCAUGAAGAGGAUCUGCUAAGCUUCUGCACGCCCAAGCAGUUGGUAAUCGAGAUGUACUGGACCAAACUCCGUGAGGUCUACAAGUCGUAUCAAGAGGAGCACGAGCCCAUCAUGAGCCACUACCACAGCCUGCGAGAGAAGGACGACUUCUACCAGAAGGAGAUCGCUAAGAACGACUACCAGAUACAACUUGCUAGUGAAAACUUGAUGAACCUGCAACACGAAUGGCAGAAGACGACGAGCACUAUGACCGAUAAACUGACGCGCAUGGCGAGCCGCAAGGAGGAACUGACACGCAAGUAUCUUCAGAUGAAGAGGGACUCCAAGGUGGAGAGCAGUAAAAGCAGCCACGAUCUUAACAUCAUGGUUAAUGCCAGCCAGGAUGCUAUAAAGCAUCUUGAAGACAUGUGUGAUAAAGUGAACAAAAUACUGCAGCUGGCAGAAAUCUGCAGCAAGUAUGAGCACGAGGGUGACAAGCUCACUGAUGAUGCGAAGUACGACAUCGAAUCCGUUGACUUCGAACAUCUGGACAAAGAUAUGAUCAAUGAAUGCAAAGAAUACAGUAAAAUGGACAAGUUCCUGCUCAAAGUUAACAGGGCUAAGGUCCAGGCUCUCUGUUUGAAGACCGAAAAGGCGAAGUUGGCGAAGGAGAACAUUCAGUUGAAGAACUACAUCAAGAGAUACUUGACGGACUUGGCACUGAAGGGAAGAGAUCGGCCGUUAAGCAUGAAGAUACGCACGGAGCCGCCGAAAGUGGAUACCAAAAUCCUGAAUCGUCCAGUAACGUGCAUAGAAGGUGCACUCUCGAACGCAGUGCAGCAUGAGAAGCGUAUGCGUAACAUCGAGCGACGCAACAAGGAUAGCGACAUCAGAGCAUACCCGCGCGUACAAUGCUGGCUGCAGUCUGCAUGAUACACGAACAUACGUACUUCUUCGUGCCCUGUUCCCAAUUUGAAUUUUAACAUAUUUUAUGUGCUUUCAAUCAUUCAUAAUUGACCAAUGGUGUCAAAUAUUCUAGUCAAUUAGAUAUAAGUUGCAUUUUAUUUUGAAUAUGAUAAUCAAUCCAUAUUUUAUUAAUAAUUAAUUUAACGUUUGAAUGCAUAACUUAUUAGACAUUGUGUAUUCCAAAGUUUGUCUUUCUGUUCCCAAUUUGAAAUUUAACAUAUUUUAUGUGCUUUCAAUCAUUCAUAAUUGACCAAUGGUGUCAAAUAUUCUAGUCAAUUAGAUAUAAGUUGCAUUUUAUUUUGAAUAUGAUAAUCAAUCCAUAUUUUAUUAAUAAUUAAUUUAACGUUUGAAUGCAUAACUUAUUAGACAUUGUGUAUUCCAAAGUUUGUCUGUCUGGGUAUAAUUUAUUUAAGCCGAAAUAUGUGUCAAUUAAAGUUGUCAAUUAUUAAAUAUAAUAAAGGAAAUCAUGAUAA